GUAUUUCGUCACAUUAGUUUUAAUAUAAAUACUUCAAAUGAUUUACUGUAAUCACAGUUUGUGUUGCAACAAGUAACAAACAGCAAUCCAAAAUGAAAUCCCUGCUCAUCUUCGCCUCUAUGGUGGCUCUGGCCGUCGCCAGCCCCACCCGUGGUAUCAUCACUCCUGGCCCCGCUGGUCCCAUCCCAAUGCCAGAGGUCCCAGACUUUGAACCUAUUGCCGUUGGGCCUGCGAUUGUACCCGAACAGGCUCAGGCUGCUCCUGCCUCUCCACUUGUGCAGAUCAUCUUGAACAUUAACACUGCGAGUGCUGCUUCUCCUGGUGAUGUCAUUGAAGUUGCCCCUGUCCCGGUGCCCAUCCCUGCUCCGGAGCCACUCCCUGUGCUCCCCGCCCCUGUCCCUGUCCCCGCUCCUGAACCUCUCCCAGUCCAGCCUGUUCCUGUCCCAGUGCCGGCUCCUGAGCCACUCCCAGUUCAGCCUCUUCCUGUCCCCGUGCCUGCUCCUGAGCCACUCCCAGUCCAGCCUGUUCCUGUCCCCGUGCCUGCUCCUGAGCCACUCCCAGUGCAGCCUGUUCCCGUGCCUGCCCCUGCACCUGCUCCAGUCCCCGUGGUCCCUGUCCCAGUUCCCGCGCCCGCUCCUUACCCAGACCCAGCUGUUAUCGGCACCCCCGUACUACCGAGCCCAGUCGUCGUCCUCCCUGAAUCCCUCAACUAAGUUGUAGAGGUACUACAAAGUAUGAGGACUUUGUGGACGCGUUAAUUUUAGGAAGCAUUUUUAUAAAUAAAGUAUUCUAUACUUAA